UGAGCAAGAAAUUAGCAGGGGUUCCCUUUCCCUCAAUCCUAUCGUCCCACUUCUCUUCCGUUGAGAUCUUGGCUGGGUGCCGACUGGCGCAUUUUCCCCCCUUUCGUUAGAAAAAUAUUCCUUACGUCUGGUCGGCGUUGAACUAGAAGCAGAGAGAAAAAAACCCCCCAAUUUCUUCUCCUUCUUCUUCCUCUUCAUUUAUUGCCCAUCUCUCUUUAGGGUUUUCUCUCCCUUACACAUCCUUUCCGUCGGAUGAUCUCUCCACUCUGACGGCGCCUCUCCCCCACCGUAGGCCGGUUGCUGCGGCGGAACUCGACCGAUCUAUCCGCCUUUUUAUUUCAGUGAGCCAGAGAUUCGAUCGAUCGAUGGGGAGGGGGAAAGUGGAGCUGAGGAAGAUAGAGAACGCGGCGAGCAGGCAGGUGACCUUCUCGAAGCGGAGGAAUGGGCUGUUGAAGAAAGCCCACGAGCUGUCCGUACUGUGCGACGCCGAGGUUGCGGUCAUCGUCUUCUCCCAGCGAGGAAGGCUCACCGAGUUCUCCAACCACGAAAUGCAGAAGACGAUAGCUCGGUACCAAAAGUAUGCAGCAGGGCUGGAAGUCGACAAGAGAGGUGCAGAUUACUGCAUUCAGCAACUCAAGCAAGAAUCCGCUUCUAUGGCCAAGAACAUUGAGCAGCUGGAAGCCUCCAGAAGGAAGCUAUUGGGAGAACAGUUGGGGUCGUGCUCUCUGGAAGAGAUCCGAAACAUAGGCGAGCAGUUGGAAAGAAGCUUAACAAACAUCCGACGCAGAAAAGAUGAGAUGUUCAUGGAGCAGAUGAAGCAACUAAGGUUACAGGAAAGGGAGUUGCUACAACAGAAGGCAACUUUAUGUGAAAAGCGUUGUGAGAAUCCACGGGAAUCGUCGAAACGAGCUGGGACAGGAAACGAGGCGGUGGUGGCACCGGCGCCGGCAGGAAGUAGCGUGGGACUGGUCAGCAAUGAAAGUUCGACGGUGGAGACCACGUUGUCAAUCGGACUCCCAACGGCACUACGGUAGACCUUAGUUAGUUACUCGGUUCCACAAGUAACUGUAUACUGAAGUUCUGAACAUAACGGCAGGAUAAGGGAUGCCGCCGGUAAGUAAUUUGUAUCGAUGUAAACAGGUCAAGAUGACCCGCCGGAGAUUACAAAGGAGAAAGAAAUUGUAUGCAAUAAUGCAAGAAGAGUGAUCCCUUUGGUUCCCUAGCUAGAGGAAAAAAGUACACAGGAGUAGAGAAGUGAGGUGAUACGGCGGGUUUUUUUUUAUGAUGUUAUACUGGUGUAAUAUUUGUUGAAUAUAUAUAGGGUUAUAGGUAUAAUAUGUCUCUCUAU